GUAGAGGUUGCAGAAAUGAGGAGGAAGAUGAAGGCCCGCGCCCCCGCUCCUCCUGGGAAGCCGGGCACCCCGAACCUGUACAGCGGACAGACCCCUCCCCGCGGCGUGUCCCCCGUCAGUCAGCAGAACCCGCCCCCCAUGCAGGACGACCCGCGGGACAGCGCGGUGGACCUCACCGUGGUUCUGCCCAGCGGGCUGGAGAAGAGGAGUGUGGUGAACGGCAGCCACGCCAUGAUGGACCUCCUGGUGGAGCUGUGCCUUGAGAACCACCUGAACCCAUCUCACCACGCCCUGGAGAUCUGGUCCUCAGAGACCCAGCAGCCUUUGAGUUUUAAGCCAAAUACUUUAGUGGGGACUCUGAAUGUGCACACUGUGUUCCUGAAAGAGAAAGUUCCGGAAGAGAAGGUGAAGCCUGGCCCGCCGAAGGUGCCUGAGAAGUCGGUGCGUCUGGUGGUGAACUACCUGCGGACGCAGAAGGCCGUGGUGCGUGUGAGCCCCGAGGUGCCGCUGCAGAGCCUUCUCCCGCUCAUCUGUGCGAAGUGUGACGUCAGCCCCGAGCACGUGGUGCUGCUCCGGGACAACGUGGCCGGGGAGGAGCUGCAGCUCUCCAAGUCCCUGAACGAGCUGGGCAUCAAGGAGCUCUACGCCUGGGACAAUAAGAGAGAAACCUUUAGAAAAUCAUCACUUGGCAAUGAUGAGACAGAUAAAGAGAAGAAAAAAUUUCUGGGAUUUUUCAAAGUUAAUAAAAGAAGCAAUAGUAAGGUGGAGCAGCCCCGGCUGUCGGGGGUGGACAGUGACGAGGACGCCUCAAAGCUGUCGCCGGGCAGGGGCUCAAACGGCUGCUUGACGACGCCAAACUCCCCGUCUGUGAAUUCCCGCUCCAUUACGCUGGGUCCAUCCGUCUCACUGAGCAACAUCUCAGGGGUGUCCUCGGUCAGGUCGGACAUGAAGAAGCGCCGAGCCCCUCCCCCGCCACCCCUGCUCGGGGCCGGGCCGCCUGCACAAGACAAGACAUCGGAGAAGGUGUCUCUGGGGUCACAGAUGGACUUACAGAAAAAGAAGAGGCGGGCGCCAGCCCCCCCGCCACCGCAGCCCCCGCCGCCCAGCCCCCUGGGGCCCACGCGCGUGGAGGACCGGGAAGAGAACAGGAAGAGCGCCACCGGUAUUGGCCGGCAGGUGCCACAAAAGCCUCCCAGAGGCACUGCUCGGGGUCCCCCCCAGCUAGUGCUCCCCCCGCCCCCACCCUACCCUCCUCCAGACACAGACGCGGCAGAGCCUUUCGGCUUUCCGGGGGAAGGCGCGGCUUCCGAGGCCUCCAACCCGAGACCCACACUGAGCCUGCCCCUGGGGCUCGGCAGCCCCUGCGGCACGGACGGGGCCCCCCUGGUGCCCUCAGAGGCCGAGGAGACUGUGUCUGUCGGCAGCUGUUUUGCAUCUGAAGACACGACUGAGGACUCGGGGGUCAUGAGCUCCCCCUCAGACAUCGUCUCCCUGGAUUCCCAACACGACAGCACCAAAUCCAAAGACAAGUGGGCCACAGACCAGGAGGACUGCAGUGACCAGGACCUAGCUGGAACCCCGGAACUGGGUCCCCAGAAGAGCCCCUCGUGGGAGAGGAAUGGCCCUGGGAACUGGCAUCUGAGAACUGAGAGAGCUGCAGUGGCCUCCAAUGAUGACAGGGACCUGUUCAUUACUGGGCAGUUCCAGCAAACCCUGGCCGAGCUUGACGGCGACCUGGAAGAAAUGGAAGAGAGUUACGAAAGUGACACCAGCUCUCUAACCAGCUCCAUCAACGGUGUGUCUAGUCCCUACGUGCGAGGGGCCAUCGUGGCCGAGAGUGACUCGGACCUGAUCCCAGUGACGUUCAUCGGGGAGGUUUUGGACGACCCUGUGGAGUCGGCGUUGUUUUCCAACAGAAACAACAACGCUGGCUCUUUCGACAGGGGGCGUCCAGUCACCAGGCUGUCCUGUGUGCCGCCCGCCCAGGCUGGGCCCAGCCAGCAGCGUGGGAGGAAGAGGGCGGACGCGCCGGCCUCACCCGCCCCUGCCCAGGACGCUGGGACAGAAGCCAGGGUGGCCUUGCGCCACACCAGUCAAGACGUGGCUUCUGUGGGCGUGGAGCCCAGGGUGAUGGCUGCGUCAGAGCUGCACUCACGUGACCUAAACGCACAGGACAGAGACAAGGAACGCAGCCCUGCUCCCGCUGGGACGACACAGGCCGUCAGGAGAGCGAUGUCUCCGCCGAUGGAGAAAGGAGGCGACGAGAAGAAAGACGUCUCGGCACCACUAUCGUGGCAUCAGCGAGGCCAAAACCCAGGGGGAGGUUUCGGACCUAAGUACGGCCUCACGACCUACAAAAUCAUCCCUCCGAAAUCAGAGAUGAGGUGUUACAACAGAGGGGUAUCGCUGUCGACGGGCGCCAUUAAGAUUGACGAGCUGGGGAACCUGGUGAGCCCCCACGUGAAUGGGGGCAGGACCCCUGCCCUGUCGUCCCCUGCUCAGGGUAAAGAAGCGCAGCCCAUUGGAAAAGUCAAAGAAUCCCUGAGGUCUGACUCUCUGGAGAAACACCCUGGCCGUCCCUCAGAGGUCUCAGCCAAGAGGCUGGUCACCCCCACUGCCGUCAUGCCAGCGAAGCCGCUGCGUCACGAAAGCGGGCUCCGAGCAGCAGAGCCCACCUCCCUGGACCCCAAAGUGACAUCAUCCCAGCAGCAGUCCACCCACGAGGACGAUGGGAGACACCUGGGUGAGGGGGAGAGCCGGCCACCCACAGCAGCCACUCGUCACAUGAAAGUGCCAGCAGCUAAUACUGCACAAGCCCUGUUUCUCAAGCCUCAGCGAAGAACAUCCAGUCAGUACGUGGCCUCUGCCAUUGCCAAGCGGAUCGGGCCCCCGAGCGCCCACGUCGACGCGGCGAGGAAGCACGUUGCUGCCGGGCAGACCCAGGCGGGCAGAGCGCCAGAGCUGACCGGGCGGCCUCCCGCUGCGAAAGGCGGCGCCGCCCCCAGCCCCUGCCCAGAGCCACACUUAGGUAAAGAUGAGACAAGGUCGCCCUGUGGUCCCCGUCCCAGCACCAACGGGGGAGACUCUGCAGUAGGAGCCCAUCCCAGAGUGCAGGUCGGCAGCCCCCAUGGAAAGCUGUCCACUCAGGACUGCCCUGCGGGCACCCACAAAGCCACAGCUUCCCACAGGGAUCAUGUUUCCGUGGGGCAGAGCUGCGGUUUCGGUGGAAAGCAAAGCGCAGGUCACCACAGGACCAGCUCAGCAUCUGACCCCACAGGCCAGCCGGGCAGCGCAAGCCCCCCGCUCCCUCGCUCGGGUGCUGACCAGGCUCCUGGCAGGGACCUGGUGAAUGGCUCCAGGUGGGUGCCCAUCCAGAGCGAGCCCCCUCACUCUGCAAGAGCGUCUGGCGUGAAUAGCCACACCAUCCCAGAGCAGGAGGAAAAGGCCAGUGUGUUAUGCACAGAUAUACAUGACCCCGACAUUACACCGCCACCCAGCAUCUUCGGGCCAAAGAAAAAAUUCAGACCUGUUGUCCAGAGGCCAGCACCCAAAGACACCUCCCUUCACAGCGCCCUGAUGGAGGCCAUCCACUCGGCAGGCGGCAAGGACAAACUGCGCAAGACUUCAGAGCACAGCCCGGAGCGGGGCCUGAAGAAGCCAUCCUACACGGAGGCAGAGAGCGAGCACUCGGCCCUGCUGGCAGCCAUCCGAGGGCACCGUGGCGCCAGCAGCCUGCGCAAGGUGACGUCCUCCGCCUCUGAGGAACUGAGGAGCUUCCGGGAUGCUGCAAGGGCUGCACCCGGGUCGGGACCCGUGGGGCUGGAAGACCCCGGCAGUCAGCCCCCGCCCGCCCUGCCGGCCCCAGCCCCGCCGGCUGCCCCAGCUCCCUCCACGUCCAGGACGGCACCCAGGUCCAGCUCAGGCCCCCUCGGCAACCCGGUGGACGCCAGGCAGGCCUUGAUGGACGCCAUCCGCUCCGGCACAGGGGCCGCCAGGCUGAGAAAGGUGCCCUUGCUCGUGUGACCGAACCCUCAGCAAGAUCAGACAGCGGCCGAAACCCGCCUGCCAGACGCCCACAGCCACCGCUGGAGCUCGCCCGCGGCGAGGGCCCCGGGACUCACCGUGCUUCCUUGUCUGCAGGCCAAACCUCGUAGUUGACUUCCGUCCUGUCUACGGCUCGAGGGAGGGUGCCGCUCUGCUGCGUGGCUGUGUGCCAAGGAAAUGUAUCUUGCCUCUGAAUAUUUAAAGUUGCCAAUAAAUGACUCUUGUUGGCAGGUUGAUGGGAAUCUAAAGGCUGGAGCCCAGCACGACACUUAAUUACGCUGAUGGGCGACGUGGAAAGAGUCAUGCCUUAGACGAUGUAGGGACCUUCGAGAGUUUUUUAACCACAUAUUGAUGCUUAAAACCAUCUAAUUGUUUUUAACAUCUUUUGAAUUCUAGGGGAAAAGAUGUAAACCAAUUGAAACAAGCUGAA